AUGGCACCCAUUCCCGACAAUGAGGUCAUCCCCCUUAUGAGCGGCUUGCGGCUCGAGAUGUACGAAGCUCUUGAAGACAACGUAAGCUACUGUGAGCUGUCGCUUCUUCUUACCAAACAUGCAGAUGCACUGAUCGCCCAAAACGGGGUGAUAUCUCAAGCGAGAAGUGCUGCGGAAAAGAUCUUGCAGGAUCGAGAGCGCAAGAUGGCAUUGUCGAUCCUGCUACACACCAUACCCCGAACUCUGUUGAAGAGCAUCAUCGUAGGCACAGUUGCACAUGACUUCUUGAACAACCAGAACGACCCACCCCGUCCAGUGCACUAUUCCGGCGAGGGCGGAGGAACUUACGUCGCAGCAAUGUGCAUCGCUGGACGCAAUGGCAGUUUCCUUAACGCCAUCGAGAUUCAAGAGCUGGUGGACGCCUUACGCAAGUACUGUGUUGGCUACAGGUUCCAAAAGGUUCGUGGAGCAUCUCCAAUAACUCCACAGCACAAGGCUUACGACCAGUGGGCUCGUGGAGUUGACUCCGCAUUCGGAUCCAAACCAUCCAAAGCGGCGGAUGCGCUGAGGUGGAUUGCCAAUGACGAUGCACUCAAGCGAGUAGAAUUUCUGAUACUCAGCUUCACGCAGCGCCUCCAUCCAUCGAGAUACCACGGUAAGUCCAAGACCCUCUACCACCGACAAGGGCCCCUGAUGGUCGGCUGCUCCAAGUUGCUAAAGGUGCGUAUGAAACAACAUGACCCGUUUGACCCAAGCCAUCUCAGCCUCACCACCUACACGUGGGCAUUAACCUUGUGUCUGAUCAAGGCCGAGUUACACCUCACCCCUCAGGUGGUGGUGAAGCCCGUCACUCACAUCUGGGACAAUCAACACCUGGGUGCUUCCGAGGUCCUUGUUACUGCCCUCGCCAGUUCCUACUGUUUCCAAGAUGGAUUCAAUGUAAUCGGCGCCGGUGGGCAGUCUGGGUCUGUCGACGUCGACACCCUCCUGGCGUGCAAGAGAUAUGUUUUCGUGACGCAUCAGUUCUUCGAGGACAAUGCCCGCGCGACCCUGGACGAACUUCAGGCAAGGCACCAAUUCGUCGAAGACGUCACAGCAUGUGCCGAGUUUCCAAGCAAACAGCUCUCGAACGACCUGCGAGAACUCCAAGUAUCAAUCCAGUCUCUCAGUAUAGAGGUGGACAACGUGAUUGACCUCGCUCAAAAGGCUGAGGACAUCUCAAAUGCUCUGAGCGAUGACCUUGCGACCCUGCACAAGCAGAUCAGGACUUUGAAGAAACUCAAGAGGCUAUACCGGAUCUUGCUGAGGAAGCCAGGCGCGCUAGAAGAGGAAGAUGAUGACGAUGAUGAUGACGAUGAUGAUGUGGGAACUCAAUCGUCGGACGAGGUGUUCUUAGAUAAAUAG